AUGUACCUUGAGAAACAUGAAAAGAGUCAGAAGGAAAAGAAGGAGAAAGCAAAGGACAUCGAAAAUAAGUUUAUCGCUUUAAAGGCUUCAAGUUACAAGUCAUCCACCAAUGAUACAUGUGAGAGUGAAUCAAGUGAUGAUGAUAAAGAUAUGAAUGAAUACAUGGGGUUAUUUGUAAGGAGGUAUAAUCGAUACCUUAGAAAGAAUGAAGUUCAACAUUCGGAUAAAAAUCUAGUCAACUAUAGAGGACAAUCAAAAUUCUCAAAUCAAGAAGAAAGUAAGACAACUAAGUCAAGAGGCUCAUGUUACAAUUGCGAAAAUUCUGGUCACUAUAAGCCGGAUUGUCCAUUGUUGAAGAAAGACAAAGUAAAAAAUAAACGUCACAAGAAAUCUAGCAAAGCUAGAAGAGCAUACAUUGCAUGGGAGAGCGAUAGUGAGCCCUCAAGCAAUGGUAACUUAAGUGAUGAAGAAGAAAAGGCUUGCCUUGUUACUCAAGGGUAUAACCAAGAGGAAGGCAUUGAAUAUAAGGAGACUUAUGCUCUGAUCUCCCGACUCGAGGCUAUACGCCUUUUGCCUGCCUAUGCUUGUUCUUAA